AUGGCGGAUCAGUGGAUAUCUGAUGCUACUGAGGUAAUCCCAAAUUAUGAUGAACCUAUGGGACAAACUGAAGCACCAGAAGUCAAACUUUUUGGCAAAUGGUCGUUGGACGAAGUCCACAUUUCAGAUAUAUCUUUAGUGGAUUAUAUAGCAGUCAAAGGAAAAUCAGCAAAAUAUUUACCCCAUAGUGCUGGCCGAUAUCAAGUAAAACGCUUUCGAAAAGCAACAUGCCCUGUAGUAGAAAGAUUGGCAUCGACUAUGAUGAUGCAUGGGCGAAACAAUGGCAAGAAAUUGAUGACAGUUCGUAUCGUGAAACAUGCUUUUGAGAUCAUUCAUUUAUUAUCUGGGGAGAAUCCUGUGCAGGUGCUUGUUCAUGCUGUAAUAAAUAGUGGUCCUAGAGAAGACUCAACACGUAUUGGCAGAGCAGGCACCGUCAGACGACAAGCAGUUGAUGUUUCGCCUCUUCGUCGUGUGAACCAGGCAAUAUGGCUUCUUUGUACUGGCGCACGUGAGGCAGCAUUCCGUAAUAUCAAAUCAAUAGCUGAAUGUUUGGCAGAUGAACUGAUCAAUGCAGCGAAAGGAUCGUCAAAUUCAUAUGCCAUUAAAAAGAAAGAUGAGUUAGAGCGUGUUGCAAAGUCAAAUCGUUAA